AUCCCCCGUUUCAGCGGCAGAGAACCGACAGGGGCCAAGUAGCGGCGGGGCCGGUGGCGCGGAGCUGGGCCGGUGGCGCGGAGCCGGGCCGGGAGCCGCCCCGGGGCGGUGCCGCAGAGCUCUUAGGCCUGCGCGGCGGCAGCAGAGUGCUGGCGGUAGUCAUGGAGGUGCAGCUGGCGCCGGUGCGGGCCUGGGAUGAUUUCUUUCCCGGUUCGGAUCGCUUUGCCCGGCCGGACUUCAAGGACAUUUCGAAAUGGAACAACCGGGUGGUCAGCAACCUGCUCUACUACCAGACCAACUAUCUGAUAGCGGCCGCCGCCGUUGUCUCCAUUGUGGGGUUUCUGAGUCCCCUGAACAUGCUUAUUGGUGGUACUGUGGUGGUGCUGGUGUUCAUGGGGUUUGUCUGGGUAUCGCACAACAAGGAUAUACUCCGCAGAAUGAAGAAGCAGUACCCAACCACGUUUGUAGUGGUCAUUAUGAUCUCCAGCUACUUCCUGAUCUACUAUCUGGGAGAUGUCAUGGUCUUCAUGUUUGGGAUCACGCUUCCUCUCCUCUUGAUGUUUGUCCAUGCUUCCCUGAGACUCCGAAACAUAAAAAACAAGCUGGAGAACAAGAUGGAAGGAAUAGGCUUGAAGAAGACCCCAAUGGGCAUCAUACUGGAUGCUCUAGAACAGCAAGAGGAUAGUAUCAAUAAACUGGCUGAUUACAUAUCCAAAGUGAAGGAGUAAGCAUCUGCAACAUGGCAUUUUUACCAGUGCAAGAGUGUAGUUGCUAUUUACUAUUCAAGCUUGCUUUCAGAUUGUGUACAAAACAUGAAAUGUGCGUGGUACAGAUUUAAUAGUUGCAGAAUACAGGUACCCCAGGCUCUUCAGGGCUCCUCUAAGAACCAUAGGAGCAGCAACUUUUUUCUAUUGUAUAGCAAAAUGUUCUGGUGUUUACACAAGUACAUAAUAACUUAAAUGUGUUUGCUUGUCUCUUCUUCUGGGGGGAGAGGUAGGAGGAAGAGAUAUGGAAUGCAGUCUCUCAAACUGUGUUGUGGGAAAUUUGUCUGUUAGAAGUAACACCCAUUUCAUCUCAGUUCUACAAGAUGGCAGUUCAACCAGGUUAUACUGAGUAGCACCUUCAGGGUGGCAAUGGUUAGAGUGAGCUGGAAUGCAUAAAGAGUCUUUUGCAUCCCCCAAGUUCUUCACUUGAGUAGUCCAUGUUGAGACCACAUUCCUAGCUUAACUAGCAAGCAGUAGAACUGUACAAUGUUUGUGAUGGAUAUGGUUACUGUCCUCGCCUCACAUUCCUCCUUUAGCAGCUGAGAAAAAGUCUAAACAGACCUAAGCAUGCAGAAUAUGCAUGACACUUGUGCUGCUAUCAGUUUGAGUAGAAUGCACCUUUGAUUGCUCCAAAAUCUUGAUCUAUAGAAAGUGCUCCUCUCUGCAGGAGAGCUAUACUUACUUGCAGGUCAGCUGAACUAUGGCAAAUCAUGGGGAAAAAAGAAUAUUUGCAGAGAGAAAUCUAUCUCAUCCAACCUCUUUCUACCCUAUUAGUGUAUUUUUAAUGCUGUUACUUUAGGGCUUGCCUUGUUCUGCUGUAGUCUGUAUAAGCUGUUUGUAGAUGGAGUGUAUGAGUUCUCAAGCAUGGGUCACCUUUUUCUUUCUUCAGCAGAAUACAAAGCUAUAAGUAAAACAUGCAUCUCACUGACUCUGUGCUUCUGAUACUCUUCAAAAGAAUAAACUGGAUUUCAGGAUUACAAGUAAAAGCAAUAAAUGUCAGGAUACAGUUUUUCAAAACCCAUUCCAAAUUAAUGAAGCUGUUUGUCUGUAACAACUCCUGGAAGGGGUGGUGGGGAUUUUUCUAUGCAGGUAUUUUAACUUAACUGCCACCUCUGAUGGACUUUACAAACACUAGGGUGGGAAAGGUUGUCCAGUUGACACUCCAUUUAAAAUAUUCUUGCAUUUCUCUUUUCUGAUAAAGUAAUCUUAAAAAAAAAAAAUCAAGUAUCCUUCAAGUUGAAGCUUUUCUGUAACUUAGCAUUCUGUUUUGAUAAUGAACUGUGUAGAAAUCUGAAAAUGUCAUUCCAUCUAAGUGUUGAAGUGAUCAGUAUUUAUUGAGAAUGUCUGUAUAUUCCAGUUGAAGAGUCAAUGGCCUGUUCCUCAAUUGUAGCGCAUGGUCUUUAUUUCCUCUCUUAAAGAACAUAGUAACCUAAGAUGUCAUCUUUACUGUAGAAUUUUGAAAAGCUACACAGUUAUGAAGAAAAAUAAAUUCGAAUGGUGAUUA